GUGGUUUAGUUUAUUCGUUUUUUUCGUAGUGAGUGGUGUAGUUUAUUCGUUCGGCGUAUUUUUCGCCUCGUCUUUCCAGUUGAGUGAUCUAAAAGGACUGUGCGGGGCAGGAACGUUCGGUGCCAUUCUCAUGACAUAACCAGCACAUUAAGUCUAUCAUACAGUUCGUAGAGUUCGUCAUUUCAGUGGAUUCUCCAUUGCCCUGACAAUUGUGCAAUUAGCUCUGUGGAUAUUCCCUAGAGGAUUAAAUUGUGUGUCAUAUGCGAUAAACUAUAAUUAAAUUACGAGAAUGUGCCCAGUUUUAACAUAAUAUGUAAUACGAUUUUAAAUGUUCUUCAUUUUUCCAUUAACAGUUACACAACAGCCAUGAUUAUACCUGUAGCAGUGUUCUUUUUCCUUAUGGGUUCAUUCAUCAUUUAUGUACGCAGUCGGUACAGAAAGCCCCCUGGACCAUAUGGUUUACCAUUUAUCGGCUACUUACCAUUCAUUAAUUCUCGCAAACCAUACGAAACAUUUGCUCAACUUGCCAAACGAUAUGGUCCUAUAUAUGGAUUGUGGAUGGGACAAGUGUAUGCCGUUGUACUAACUGACCCUGCCUUAAUUCGCACUGUUUUGGCAAAGGAAGAAGCUACUGGGCGUGCUCCACUAUUUGUUACGCAUGGUAUAAUGGGAGGUUAUGGAAUAAUUUGUGCCCAAGGCGAUUUAUGGCGUGAUCAGCGCCGAUUAUCGAUUGAAUGGCUGCGUCGUCUAGGUAUGGUCAAAUAUGGUGCAACGCGUCUUGUUCUAGAAAGCAGAAUUAUUUCUGGACUUAUGGAAAUCAUUGAGAACAUUGACAACAAAGCAGUUACCGAAAACCAAGGCUUCAACCCGUCAGCUUUAAUUCAUCACGGCUUAGGCAAUUUGUUAAACGAUCUGGUAUUUGGGAUUAAAUACCAGAAGAACAAUGAAACAUGGAAAUAUUUACAACAUCUUCAAGAGGAAGGCGUCAAGCAUAUAGGAGUAUCAAUGGCAGUGAAUUUCUUACCAAUUUUGAGACAUCUACCGUCCACACGAAACACCAUAAAUUUUCUUCGGAACGGAAAAAACAAGACGCACACAAUUUAUGACGCAAUAAUAGCUAAAGAGCGCGACAAAAUGCGCACUUCUGAUUCAAUGCAUGGAGAACAACAAGAAUGCAUUUUAAAAUGUUUUAUAAAAGAAGCCGCGAAACGGCAAGAAGCAGGGCGCCCGGAUGCCGCCUUUUGCGAUGACAUACAGCUGCGUCAUUUGAUGGCAGACCUGUUCGGAGCGGGCGUCGAUACAACGUUCACCACGAUUCGUUGGGCUUUGCUAUACAUCGCCCUUUACCCAAAGGUUCAGCAGCGUCUUCGAGAAGAGUUAAGACAAAGGUUGGUCGGCAAUGAGUCACCAUCGUUGGACGAUGUGGAAGCAUUGCCCUACUUGCGAGCUACCAUCGCGGAAGUACAGCGUAUUCGUACCGUUGUGCCAGUUGGCAUACCACACGGCACAACAAAAGAAAUUGAGAUAGCUGGGUUUAAGAUACCCGCAAAUACGAUGAUCAUGCCAUUGAUAUGGGCAGUACACAUGAAUCCAACACUCUUCUGUACGCCCAACACCUUCAAACCGGAACGCUUUCUAGAUCCAGAGGGGCGUUUUACGACGCCAAGCUAUUUUCUUCCUUUUCAGGUCGGAAAACGUAUGUGCUUGGGAGAUGAACUAGCCAGAAAUAUUCUUCAUAUGUACAUUGCUCAAAUCGUGCUCCAUUACGAUUGGUUUAGCAUUGCACCGGAGGAUGCAUGUUCCAUCGACUUGACCGGAAACUGUGGCUUAACUCUAACACCGCCAGAUUAUCGUAUAAUGUUCUCGAAAGCAACUAAACACUAAACCACAUAUUUGCACUUCGGUUUUGUUUUUUUUUUUAUUUCAUUCCACUUAUAGCAACAAGGUUACACUAAACAAGGUUGCAAUGCGUUGUUUGAAGUAAACCAUUUUAUGGAAAGCUCACAUAUUCUUCACACUUUGCAUCCUAGAUCUAAUGAACAGUAAUAAAAAAGUAACAAAAUAAAUAUGCGUCAAUUGAUUUUUAAUUUUGCCGUAGGUGGUUUAAUUUGCCGUAAAAUCAAUAACUCAAUAGCUGCUAAAUUUAAAUUAAUGUGUAAUAUUUCCUUUCUUUUUUUAAUUUAAAAAAACGCAAUGCAUUAGAAGUGAAUCCUAUCUAAUCCCCAAACAUGCAAAAUAUUUUAAUUGUGUUGUGAUUGAAUACUAUCGAGCGAUUAUUUUUAAAGUUGUUUGAAGUUGUAGUUUAGAAAAUCUCUAACAAAUGACAGCUAGUCUAGUGUGUCGUAAUGUAGGCUAUGUAAAAAAAAAGUUAUAAAAAAAAUCUUACACAUCAUAUGGCAAUCAUCUUUAAUUAUUAUUAAUCUAGUUAUCAGCAGAAUUUACUUGUUCUUAAGUUGCUAUUUGCAGGUUGUUUGAAAUUCUAUUAAACUAAUUCCGCACUUGUUUAAACAUUCAAAAUAUAUUAAGAUGAACACAUUGUCUUUUUGGGAAUAAUCCUGUAACACUUAUUGUUUAUUGUUAAUAUUCAACCGUUUUUUAUAUUCCCCUUUUUUUAGCGCAGUUGAUUGUUAACACUAAUAACAGCUAGUUUUUGUUGAUUGGUUUUGUCAUGGAACAUCCUUAAUUUCUAUUUUAUAGUGAGGCAGAUGUCGUGCUGCACUACCCAUUUAAAUAUUAUCAUUCGCGUAAAAUUCCUGUCUGUACCUUAUAUAUAUAGUUCUGUCCAUUAUAUUUCCUGUUCUAUUCCAUUUUCGUUGUACAUUGCUAGUUUUGUUCGGUUAAUAUUUCUUCAUCACUUUGCUUGCUUGUAAAAUUUCGUAGAUUGUGUUAACGUCUUUGCUGAUUAAACAUGAUUGCAUUAGCAAACGACUUAUAUCGUACCUCUAAAUCGUUGCUUUGUAAGCAUGCGUGAGGUGUGCUUGAGAAUUAUAAAUAGCAUAUUUGCAGAAAUAAAAUAAAAUGCAAACAUGAAAAAGAAAUAUUUCAAUGCAGAAUUGACUAGCGAUCGAAUAUAGGCGAACAUAACAUUUUCAUUAUAUUGACAUGUAAAGAUCAGGUUACGUGGUUCUGUUUCUAUUUCUAAGUCAUAGUCAUUUCAGUUGUGGUCAUGCUUGUCCUUUUGUUUGCGCGAUAAUUUAUUAUAUUUUUUUUUACGCUAGGAACGUACCGUGCUCUGCUAAUGAUACUUUUUUUGUUCUGAUUUGCUAAUACAUGGAGGGCGGAAAUAUAUCUCUGAUCUACGAACGUAGCGAAUCUGUCCAGUAAUGGCAAGUAAGUCAAUCCUUGUCAACACAUACCUAUUGUUCGUAUAUCUGUCUCCAGAGGACGUGGUAUAAGAUUGACCCGAAAUGCCUGUGGGCUAAUAGUAACCCCGAUAAUACCCUUCAAUCCUGGCAUUGGCUCGUCCUCCGGUAGUUCAAUUGUAAAGGUGUGCAUAAUUGACGAAAAAAACAGAAACAGUUCCAUGCGCGCUAACACAUCCCCUAGACAGCGACGCCGGCCAACUCCAAACGGUAUGAAGUAAUCGGGUUUGUGGACUUUUCCCUCGGCAUCCAAGAACCUGCUAGGAUUGAACUGUUCUGGUUUGUCCCAUAGGUUUGGGUCCAUAUGAACACUGUUGAUGAGUGGUACAACGUAUGAA